AUGACGGAAUCCACUCGCCUAAUUCCCAUACAAAUCCAACCAAGAACCAUAUUUGGCUUUCGGUCGGAUAUUGUGGGCAAUAUACACUUUACAGCACGCGAGGAAGUCAUUUAUCCCGUUUCCGGAGUCCUUGCCUUCCACAACUAUGCCACGGGGAAGCAGAAAUUUUUGCGUUUGCCGGAAAAUUGUGAAAUUAACAUGGUUACAAUGAGUUCCAAUCGGAAAAUGCUGGCAAUUGCCGAGAAGACGACAAUCAAGGGCUCCCAAAAGGCCUACAUAAAUAUUUAUGAUAUUGGAACACUCAAACGACGGAGAACAAUCAAUUUCCCCAAUGAGAUUGCAACAAAGGAAGUCGCCAGUAUGUCCUUCACUAGUGAUUCCAAGGGUUUUGCAAUCCUGUCGCGUGAACCGGAUUCCCAACUCAUCCUUAUGCUCUUCGACAAGACUGAAUCAAUUGUAAUUGGGAGGGUAUCACAUAGUACGCAUCAAUUGGGCGUAGCCAGGUACAUCUCUUGCAAUCUCAUGGAUAGCGGAAUGGUUGCCAUUGGGGGUGACUACGUCUUCAAGGUGCUCAAUAAAACGGAAAAGGGCUUCGCUCCUGUGGGUACAAUCAAAGGUGAUGGAGUUGUUGUGACAUCCCUAGCGUGGAUUAGUGGAGAAAUCCUCCUAGCUGGGACAGCAGAAGGAGAUCUAUUGCUAGUUGAGAAUGGAGAUUUGAAGAUUACAUUUGAUGCAACAGAAGUAACCUGCCUGGAUCUUACACGAAUAGCUGAUGAUGAAGGUGAAGAUGGGCGUAAGGAAGUGAUGUCCAUGAUGACACGAAGAAAGCCAUCAAUUGGGGAGGGGAAGAAGGCAAAUCGUGAGGUGAUCUGUCUCACGCACUUCACAACGGGCUUCUGCUACGCCAUUCACAAUGUUGUGCAUGUCUUUGAGAAGGAAUCCAACUACAAGUUCCAGAAGAAGACCAUUAUCACCAUCCCGGUGACGCUGUACGCUGCAGAACUCUACAAGAUUGCCAAUUUGGCCAUAAAUCAAGAUCAGGAUACACUGAUGGUCUCCUGUGCGCACUCACAGAUCUACAUUGGAUCCCUCUUUGUACCACAGAGUGUCACAGUGAAUAGCCUGGAGUUUAGGACACUCGGACAGCCCCUGCACAUUGCUCGAAUCAUCAGCUUGGCUGUUUGCAUGUGGAAACCAAUUGUUGUGACCAUUUCCACGGAUAAAACAGUCCGGGUGUGGAAUUAUGCAACAGGAAAGGUGGAAUUGGUGAAGAAGUACUUGGUUAACAUCACAGUUAUAGCCCUACAUCCGUCCGGAAUUUUCCUGGCUCUUGGCUUUUCAGAUCACCUACGCAUCAUGGAGAUCCUUCUGGAUGAUCUCAAGGGAAUCAAAGAAUUCAAUUUUCCCAAAUGUCGCGUGGCUGUAUUCUCCCAUCGUGGCCAUAUGCUUGCCCUAUCCUACGACAACACCAUCCAGAUUGUCUCUGUCUUCUCCUUUGACAUCAUCCAAAAGCUCACAAGCCACAAUGGGACCAUUUUGAGUCUCAUUUGGUGUUAUGACGACAUCCAUUUGUUGUCUUCUGGGGAAGAUGGUGCAAUCUACGAGUGGAAUGCCAUCACAGGCGAGAGAAUCAAUGAGGUAGUUCAGAAGGAGAUUCAAUACCGCUCCUUGGCCGUUACAAAUGAUCUCAGUGCCGUGUAUUCAAUCACAAACACCGGAGUUUUGAGAGAAAUCUGCAAAUCAGAAAUUGUGAGGGAGACAAAGAUUCCCAAUCUUCCCCCAUUGACAUGCCUCACAUUGGCAAGAUCGGAUCUUGUGAUGUUCAUUGCUAGCGAAUCAGGGCACAUCUUCAACGUGCAACUACCAUUUAUGGAAACAGGCGGGGGUACCUGUACCAAUUAUCGCUUCUUCAGCAGUUCCAUCACAUGCAUGAAGAUCACAAAUGACGAUGAUCUCCUCAUCGUUGGAGCCGAUGAUGGGACACUUGCUAUUUGGGAUAUUCUCAACAAUGACGGUCGAAAAGCUCCGGUGGAUGAGCAGCUGGGUAAGUGCGUGGAUGUCCUGAUUCCACGUGAAGAACUUCUCGACCGUCUGGGGACAAUUGAUGCCCUGAAGAUGCGCAUGAAUCAGCAAGCGGAUGAGUAUGAGUUUCAGCUGAAGCGCAAGGAUGAGGACUACACGAAGCAAAUCUCCGACAUCCAUGCGGAAUAUCGCGAAAUCAUUGAGGAUCUCAAAGAGAAGAAUCGUAAACUCGAAGCUGAUCACAUUGAGGAGAUUAACAUCAUCACAGCAAGUAUUAGUGAGCUGAAGUUUGAGCAUCAGAAAGCCCUAACGCAGAUUGAGACGGAUUUCCACGAGAAGAUCAUUGUGGAGUAUGAGAAAACGAGUCAGGUGAAGAAGCAAAUGGAAACCAUGAAGAAUGACUACGAAGUGAAGCUCAGGAAGACAGCUGGGCACCUUCAGGACACAGUUCAAUCACUUGAAACGGACUUUCGGAAGCAACUAGAUGAGCGGCAGUCACUAAUUAAAUUACUCCUAAAGGAUUCAGAGGAGAAAAGUCUGGAAUUCCGGGAGUAUAGUUCACAAGUUGUGUCGGAAAAUGAACGAAAGAUCAUCAGUCUAACGGUGGACUAUGAGAAGAAGAUAAAGAAUGAGCAACAGAUUGGGAAUAAAUGGCGUGGAGAGGCGGGAGUUCUGUCCAAGAAGUACAAUCUCAUGAAUAAGAGCAAUAAGAAGCUCAAAGCGGAAAUUGAAACAGUCACAGAGGAGCAUGAGAGGCUCAAGGAAACAAUUGAGCAGCUUGAACGUACCAUUGAGGAGAUGGAAACAACAAUUGCAACCAAGGACACCAUCAUUCGUGAGAGAGAUCAUCACAUUGCAGAGCUUCAGAAUCGCCUCAGCGAGAAGACCACUGCCCAGAUGAAGCACGAAGAGAAGCUCAAGGAGCUCAGGGCUCAGAUAGAGCCGCGUGAUGAAGAAAUACGCGAACGGAAGGAGAAGAUUGUUUGCAUGGAGGUGGAAAUGCAAGCACUUCAGCAGAAAAAUCGUAAACUUGAGCAUCAACUGAAAGGUCUUCGGGAGAAGUACAGUGGCAAUGAAAUCCUCCUCAAGCAUCACCUCGUACGCGCUCAAAUCCUUCAGGCGAAAGUUUCACGAAUUUGUGGAGAUAUCGCCCGGGCGAAUGAUCUCAUUCAGGAUCCAACAAAGCUCAAGGAGCUCGUGAAGAGGCUCCUUGCGAAAUACAAAAAGGACAUGGAUCCCAAAAUGCUUCCAUCAAUUGGUGAUGAGGAACCACCGCGUGAGCAGCCAAGAAGGACACCAAAACUAUCAGCUAGGAAACCCAAAGAAACCACCGAUGAGGCAAAGAAACUCCUUCAAGAGAAUAUUGUCCUGAUAAGGAAUCUCGAGACGCUCCGAGAUGAAUUGGCAGAAUGCAAAAGAAAGAAUCGAACAAUGGAGUCUUUCCUUGGGAUUCCCGGACAGAGGACACCAAGGAUAGCAAGGCAGAGAUAUGAAAGGGCAUUGGUGGUAAGUUAUAGAUUUAAUGGGGGUCUCAUAUUUUUAAUGUUUUAA